GGGUCAUUGCCCUGAAUUCAGUUCCUUCGAUCGUUCGCAAGCCCAUGGCCAAUGGUCGCCGAGAACUUCGGCAGCCCAUGGCCGGUGGUAGGGGUCAUCGGCUUAUGUUUGCUGGGGUAUAUCCUGCUGGAGCGCCGUCGGAGCCCUUGGAUUGCGGACAACCUGGACCGAAGCACCCGGAACGUGAGCACCGAGGUGAUGGCAGGCUGUAUGGACACAGUCACUGUGAUCAUGCGAGCGGUGGGCAUGGCUGUGGUGCUUUGUACCGAAGAAGGCCUUCACGACUACACUGGGCUGGCGCUGAAGCACAUUUUGGUGGGCCAUUUGGUGGGCCAGGUGGCCACUCUGGCCUUCUCAAACUACGAGACGCCACUGUGCACGCCCAGUAUUGAGGUGCUCCCUCUCAUCAAAGCUAUGCAGGAGCAGAUCUCUCUCAUGGCGCCGGAGCAAAACGAGUCUGUGCUGGCAUCGACUAUCUUGUGCUCCAGCUGUGCAACUCUUGCAUCUGGCUUGGCGCUGUACCUCCUGGGCUUGUCGGGCAUGGGCAGCGCCCUGCGCUUCGUGCCCUUCUCCGUGGAGGUCUCCGUGCAGGCGAUGCUCGGCCUGGUGCUCUUUGGCCUUGGCAUCGAGGCCAGCUGCGAGGUGGACAUCCUGACCGAUUUCGCUGCAGAUCCGGCAGAAUUAUUUACCUUGUUUCUGGACUUCAACAUAUUUUCUUUGUGGGCGGCAUCAUUUCUGUGUGCUGCUGCGAUUUACUUCUUCACAAAGUACGUGAAGGACUCACCCUUCACCAUUGCCGCCUUUACCUUCUUGGCCCUGGGCAUCUUUCACGGCAUCCGGGUGGCCAGCGGCAUCUCUAUUCAGGCCGCACAGCAGAGCAAGUGGCUCUACCCCGAGACCGAGUACUUCCCGCUGUGGAAGCUCUAUGAGCUGGAAACCACCAAGGACAUCAUUUGGUCCGCUGUGUUCUUCAACAUGGACAAGAUCUUGCUCAGUGCCUUCAUCAUCUCAGUGGUCAACAUCGCUUGCCAACUUGCGGUGACUUCAACACUUUUACCCCCGAAGGUCAUGGGGACGUCAACCUUCGACUACGAAAUGAUCGUCCAAGGCCGGUCCCACAUCUUGGCAAGCCUCUUCUUCGGCUUCUCCGCGGACUAUGGGAACGACGACACCCUGGUGCACCGCAUGGUCGGAGGCAGGUUCCGUUUGAGUAUGUGGGCCCACGUCCUCACCAUGGCCUUGUGCGUGUUUUUCGUGGACAUCCCCAAGAACUCCUUGCCCUACGUGCCGCGCUUCAUCAACGGCUGCAUCGUCUUGCUGGCCUCCGCUGAGCUGCUGGUGGCUGGCUUCGUGCAGGGCUACAGCUUGCUCACGCGGAACGAGUUCAUCGUCGUUUGCAUGGCCGCAGCUGCAACACUUCUGUGCGGAGGGCAGGUGCAAGCAGGGCUGCUGGUUGGCAUCUUCCUGGCGUUUGCGGACACCAUCCGGAACUUCACGCUGGCAUUAGAGCAGCUGCCACCCGCCAGGGACGAGGGCGGCGCCAAAGUCUUCGAGCUUCCCAGCUACAUCUUCUUCGCCACUGCACCAGGAAUCACCGCUGCCAUCCGAGAGGAGCUGCAGUCGCGGGUGGUCAUUCUGGACUGGGAGAAGGUUCGAGGCUUGGACACGAAGGCUGCAAUGGAGUUUGCCCAGUUGCUGGACAAAGAGGACACUAGGCCGCGGGGGGCGCUGGUAUACUGCGGGCUCAAAGGCCCCUGUCGCCCGCUGCUGGUGAAGGCCGAGGCUCUUCCCGAGGAGACGCUUCUUUCGACAGCUUUGGUGCGAUCCUUGAGUUUGCCCACUAUACUGGGUGGAGCUCCAGUUGCAGCCUCGUGGGAGGCAGGCUCGAUGAGCAAUGCCAGCUACGAGACUGCGCGAGGCGGCCAGCGCGGCUCGCGCUCGCGCAGAAGUACAAGGCUGGGCGUGCGCAGCAUGCAUUUGCUGGCCGAGGAGGCGCCCAGCAUCUCCUGGCCCUUGGAGGUGCAGGGCAUGCUGCAGGCCAAAGACUUGGCGAGGUUGCUUUGUGAGGAGCAGGAGCUGAAGCUGAUGGGCCGCGGUAACUGUGCAGGGCAAGCUGCGAGCGGUUUCUCCGCUGGCGACUCUGCAGGGACAUGAAGUGCUCCGGACAAUAAAGGCC